AAGGCAGCAAUACAAAUAAGUAUUCAAAUACAGAUAAGAAAUUAGAGGCAUGGGUGCAAAACCACAAAGGAAAAGAAUGAAAACAACAAAUAAAUAAAAAAAACUAAAAACACGCUUUCGGGGCACAAAACAACUAAAUUAUGUUCUACAACAAUGUUGAAAAAUUUAUUAGCUUUAAGAUUCACCAUUGCUUUAAAGACUUUUACAUAGCAUAGAAACACUCUGAAGAAAAACACAAAACAUAGGCGACAUUUUCUUCGGUGGUAAUGCUUACCUAAGCUUUUUUUUGCCAAUCGCCAAUAAAAAAUAAGGUAGAAGACCUUUUCCAGCAUUUUUAUAAUGAGAUAGAAGUUCUUUUCUUUUCACAGCGAGAAAAGCGCAUCAUCAAUUUGGCGAGUGAACCAUCUUGACUGAGUUCACCAUCUUCGUUCGAGUUUGUGACGUUUCAGGAAGUGCAGAAAGAAGGAAUAAACUGACUAACCGGUUGAGCUGCACAGCGGAGGAAUGCUCGCUAUGUCAAUGCUGUACUUUUCUCUUUUUUACAGUUAAUUUUUAAGAUUAUUUCACUGGGUUUUUAAAAACCUAGGUUUAUCAUCAUAAUUAUUUAAAUACCGUAACUCUGACUGACCUCUUGCUAGCAUCAAUACGACAACAAAUCACUCCGCUAAUCAGAUCCUCGCUGAUUUCCAAUGCUGUAACACAACCUUCCGGUUUAUCAUAUCGAUGUCGUGGCAGUAGAGGUUCCAUUGUUUGUACAUCCUGUGCGAAAGAGCAACCACAACACGGAUGUUACUCCUCGCGCACACUCCCGAGGCAUCAUCAUCAUCAUCAUCAUCAUCAUCACCAACAACUGUCAGCCCCUAGGAGCUUUGCCAGCCGGCUGGCUUCACUUCAGAACCGCAACUGAACAUGGAGGAUGAGGUGUUCCAGCAUGUUGUGUCCGUGUUCAGCUCGCUGGUGUCGUGGGUCGCCGCGGGUGCCAUCAUGUUCGGCGGGGUGGUGCCCUACAUCCCGCAGUACAGAGACAUCCACCGGACCCAGAACGCGGAGGGCUUCUCCACCUACGUGUGCCUGGUGCUGCUGGUGGCCAACAUCCUGAGAAUCCUGUUCAGAUUCGGUCGCUAUUACGAUGAUGCGCUGCUGUGGCAGAGCAUCAUCAUGAUCUGCACCAUGCUGGUCAUGCUCAACCUGUGCACCAACGUCCGUAUGGCCGCCGAACUCAGCACCAAGAGGCGCUCCUUCUUAGUGACAGACAGUAAGGACGAGGAGGUCAGAAUCCCUAAGAGGCUCUUUCUGGACUUUGACUGGACCUACUUCUGGUCCUGGAGUCGCUUCGUGGACUACCUUCAGUGCGUGCUGGCCUUCACGCUGGUGGCGGCCUACAUCACCUACCUCUUCCUGGACUCGGUGCUGUUCGUGGAGACCCUCGGCUUCCUGGCGGUGUUCACCGAGGCAAUGCUGGGAACGCCGCAGCUCUACUGCAACUACCAGAACAAAUCCACAGAUGGCAUGAGCAUCAAGAUGGUGCUGAUGUGGACCAGCGGCGACACCUUCAAAACAGGCUACUUUCUUCUCACGGAGGCCCCCAUGCAGUUCUGGACGUGCGGAUUGCUGCAGGUUUUUGUGGACGUCGCCAUCCUGUUCCAGGUCUACUACUACAGCCGCUACCCGCAGAAACCCGUGUCCCACACCGUCUCCCACACCACCAGUGCCAAAGCUCUCUGAGGUGUUGCCACGUGUCCCAAGGAAACUCCGAAAGGCGAGCGGCGAGGAAGGAGGGGGGGGACGCCCAAAAACACGCACCAAAGGAGUUGCUGCUUCUGCACCUCGGCGGUCGCAGCAAUACCUUGAGGAACGCUCAACAAUCAUGAAGACUUCUUUCUUUCCCGGCACUGAAAAUGCACGCAUCGUGCAAUCGCACCCCACUCAACAAAUCAGCAUGUGGAGGAUUUUUUUUUUUAAAUUCUAUAUGCGUAUAUUUUUUGUUGCAAGAGCAAAAAUGCAACAUAUGAGAAUUAUAGAUAUGUUCGGAGCUCAGAGGAAGGUGGAUGAGUUUUUGGCGUCCACACAUACUGAUGAAUGUUGCACGGAACCUCUGCCUUAAGACUCGUAAUCAAACACGGCUCAACGCAUUGCCAGCAAUCCGAGUGGUGUGUUCAAAACCCGUAGAAAUCCACGUUACUGAAUGUGCAAACAGGCAUGUCUGGUCUAGUUGGACAGAAGUUCAAAAUCAUUGUUUUGUUUUCUUUUGGGUUUUUUUUUUUUUUU